AUGUCCCAGCAGCAUGCGUGCAUGUCCCAGCAGCAUGCGUGCAUGUCCCAGCAGCAUGCGUGCAUGUCCCAGCAGCAUGCGUGCAUGUUCCAGCAUCGUCUCAAGGCUCUACAAGGUGGCGGCACACAGGGCGCGCUCAGUCAUUCUCCUGGCGCCCAAGGACGACUAGUGAGUGCCCUGCUUCCUGCUGCGGGCACUCACUCCCUCUUGGCACCUCAACAUCAUGCAUGCAUGCUGCUCGCUGCCUCAGAGUCCCAGCACAGUCAGGUUGGCAGCGGUCCUCUCAGCAGCACGGCAUCAUUCAAGAAGGUCAUAACAGACAGGGCGCGCUCAGUGAUUCUCCUGGCGCCCAAGGACGACUUGGGCUCCAACACGGGGGUGGUGGCGGAAGUGAGCAAGGGCAGCACAGGGUCGCUGCUGCGCGGCAUGGCAGAUGUGCGCGUGAGCGCUGUGGAGAAUCUCUCCUCCAAUGGGCAGCACUGCUCAACGCCUUUCAUCCACCUCCUCUCCCUCCCCUUCCCCUCUUCCAGCUACGAGGCAGACGCAGACGUGGUGAUGUCAGUCAUAGCUCUUAAACCUUUGCUUCGCGGCUCCAACACAGGAGUAGUUGCAGAGGUAUCAAAGGGCAGCACGGGGUCGCUGCUGCGGGGCAUGGCGGAGGUGCGCGUGAGCGCCGUGGAGAAUCUCUCUGCCAAGCUCUUCGUGCAGUGCUCUAGGCAACCGGGGCUUGUGGAUGUGUACUGCAAGCUGCUUGAUCAUACUGGUGGGUGCGGGUGGAAGUACCACACUGGGGGGGAUAUACAGGAGUGGGGUAGAGGGGUGAAGGGGAGCGCCGUGGAGAAUCUCUCCGCCAAGCUCUUCGUGCAGUGCUCCCGACAGCCAGGCAUGGUUGAUGUGUUCUGCAAACCGCUGGACCACACCGAGGGCAUGGCGGAGGUGCGGGGCACCGCCGUGGAGAAUCUCUCCGCCAAGCUCUUCGUGCAGUGCUCCCGGCAACCCGGGCUGGUUGAUGUGUACUGCAAGCUGCUGGACCACACCGACGAGGUGAUCAACGUGAGAAGCUUCCCCUCACUUGCCGGCCUGCCCUACGGCCUUGUGCGCAGGGGCUUCCCCGAGGCGGUGUGCUGUGGCAUAGUGAGGGACGGCAAGGUGCAGUUCCACCCCAAGGACUCCGAGCCGGUGCAGCGCACUGAUAAGUUGAUGCUGAUAGCGCUCAAGCACACGCACCGCCAUCCCCCACCAGCGCUCAUGAUGCAAGCAGCGCAGAUCAGGCAGAAGCAGGAGAUCAGCCGAGGGGGGCGGGAGGGGCGCGGGGGCGGUUCGAGUGAGGGGAUGGUGCGGGUGCACAGGGACUCGGCGCUAAAGACUAGAGAUGCCGGCCAGUUCAAGCCCAACGAGCCGGCAGCGAGGGCGGAGCGAAUGGUGAUGCUGGGGUGGCGCACGGGCGUGCCGGACAUGAUCCGUGAGUUUGACGACUACGUGGGGCCGGGCAGCGAGCUGGUCAUUCUGGCGGAGGAGAGCUUGGAGGAGCGGGAGAGGCAGCUUGCAAGGAUGCUCAGGACGCCUCUUCGAAACCUGACAGUCGUGCACAAGGUGGGCAACCCCAUGAGCCGCACGGACCUCACAGACGCCAUCCUAGAUCCCGGCAGUGUGUUCCACCCCUUUGUGUCCGCCGGGGGAGACAUGUUUUUUGACAACGUGCCCUUCUCCAUCAUCGUUGUUUCGGAUCGCUCCUGGCACCACGGAGAGCGCACCAAGCCGGACAAGCAGUCGCUGUACUCGCUGCUACUGGCAGAGUCGGUGUGCCGUGCCAACAAGAUCAAGGUGCAGUCUCUGAACGCGGAGCUAGAAGACAACCGCCUGGGGCGCGAGGUGGUGGGCAGCCAUCCAUCACUCACCUACAUCGGCACGUCUGACCUCAUGGGGCUAGUUACCUCACAAGUGACGGAGCAUGCAGAGCUCAAUGCCAUCUGGACAGAGCUGCUCAACUCAUGGGGAGAUGAAAUCUAUGUCAAGGAUGCGUCCCUGUAUGUGAGUCCAGGGGAGACCCCAACCUUCAACGAGCUGGCGGAGAGAGCGGUGCAGCGGGGAGAGGUGGCGAUCGGGUACCGGUGCAGCGACACCACAGUCAUCAACCCGUGCCCCAAGGACGUUCCGCUUGAGUUUGGCCCAGAAGACAGCCUCGUGCUCAUUUCUGACGCAACUGCGCGCCGAGUUCCCCCCUCUCUCUCCUCCUCCCGCGCGCCUCCCCCCUUCUGGUCCGGCCGUCGCAGUGACUCUAUCGUCCCUCCCUCGCACCGUCCCCCUCUCCCGUCCCAUGCCCCGCGCGCAGUGACUCUAUCGCGCGUGACUAAGAAGGGGCGCGAGCAGAAGGAGUCGCUAGUGGAGGCGGUGGUGACUCUAACGAGACGACUCAAUCUCAAGCUGCUUUGCUACCCUCCCCUCCCUUCACUUACCCUCUCCCGCAGUGACUCUAUCGCGCUGACUCUAUCGCGCGUGACUAAGAAGGGGCGCGAGCAGAAGGAGUCGCUAGUGGAGGCGGUGCGAGCGGCGGUGGAGGAGUAUUCAGACGUAUACGUGUUUGAAUUUGACAACAUGCGCAACACCAAGCUCAAGGAGCUCAGGGAUGAGCUCAAGGGCGUGUGCAGGUGGCGCUACUUCGCUCAUCCUCGGCCCUCCCUCCCCUCUCGCCCCCUUUUUUCCUUUCCCCCUCCCCCUGCCCCUCCCCGCCCCCACUUCUUCCCCCAUUCCCCCUCCGCCUUCCUCUUCAGGUUCUUCCUGGGGGCGAACAAGGUGCUGCAGGUGGCGCUGGGGAGGGACAAGGCCACGGAGCAGAGGGAGGGGCUGCACCGGUGCAGUGAGGUGAGACUGGAGAGGCGGUUCAACGAGCUGGCAGAACCAGAUUUCGCUCGCACGGGCAGCAUCGCCACCAGCACCGUGGAGCUCCCAGAGGGGCCACUCACCCAGUUCAGCCAUGACAUGGAGCCGUUCCUCCGCAAGCAGGGCAUGCCCGUGCGCCUCAACAGAGUGCGGUGGGGUGGGGUGCGUGCGCAGCUCAACAGGGUUGCAGUUCCCAACGUCCCCCAGGGCCCACUCACCCAGUUCAGCCACGACAUGGAGCCGUUCCUCAGAAAGCAGGCCAUGCCCGUGCGGCUUAACCGAGAGCGUCCGCUCACCCAGUUCAGCCACGACAUGGAGCCGUUCCUCCGCACAAAGGACAUGGCUGUGCACCUAAACAGAGGAGUGAUUGAUCUGGUGGCUGACUUCACAGUGUGCACAGAGGGCCAACCACUCUCCCCAGAAGCCGCAACCAUUUUGCGGCUACUGGGAGAAAAGAUGGCAGUGUUUCGGCUGCAUCUGCUGGCACGCUGGACGGACGGCUCCUUUGAGCUGCUGCCAGCUGGCGUGGAGGCAGCCAAGGCGGGCAGUGGGAAGGGCAGCAAGGGAGGGUUUGUGGAGGGGUUUGUGGAGGAGUCUGAUGAGGAGGGGAGUGAGGAGGACGAAGGGGAGGAGGAAGGGGGUGGCGUGUACGACAGCAACGACCGCGUGCGACUGCUGAUGGAGCUGUGCGAAAGUGGCGACUUGCUCUCCCUGCUGUUGAGCAAGACAAAGAAUCUCAAUAAAUCCGUGGAACAGCAGCAGAAGCCGAGACGCCGGACAUCCGAGUCGUCUUGGCCGUCACUGAAGAAACUAUCUUCGUUAUGCAGAUCACGCUUUAGAAACAGCACUGGUGAACGACCAACUGGUCUUCCUGAACACCUGGCGGCUGGCAUCUUUUGGCAGCUAGUGACAGCCGUGCAGCAUUGCCACUCGCAGCGGGUUGUCCAUCGCGACAUCAAGCUGGAAAACGUGCUGCUGACGUCAGCUUCUCCGGCUUCCAAGCCCUCUGAAACAGUCACGUGUCCUUUUACAGUGAAGCUGGCAGAUUUCGGCACAGCAACUAUCCUCAAACCCGGCAUAGAUUUUACGAUGGGAAAUGUCGGGAGCGCUGCAUAUAAAGCACCUGAAGUCUCUCAAGACAGCUAUCACGGCACCCCGGCUGAUGUUUACAGCCUCGGGGUUGUCCUGUAUGCGCUCCUAACCUCCACAUUCCCGAAUUCCGGUGCAAGCAAAGGCACGGUGACACACAGGAAUCCACAAGACUUCAUUGAUAAUGAGUUGACAGUGCAUCUUUCAUCAGGUGUCAAGCAGCUGAUUGCUGCAAUGCUCACCGUGGAUCCCGCGAAAAGACCCACAUGUUCACAGGUGCUGGAGCAUCCAUGGGUGCACACGGGCAGAUGA